AUGGGUGUGAUCAGUCUCUUUGUGGUGCGGUGCAGCUCUAUUACUCUGGAUCUGAGCCUCCUGUUUUGGUUUGUGAUGCUCUCCCACACCCAGCCUCCACCCUAUCUCUCCCUCCCGGUUCAAAUCUCUGUGCCCCCUCCAUGGCGCUCUCUCCCUGUGUCCCAGGCCGAUCUGGGGCCCCUCUUCACCAACUCCAGCCCUUUCUCCUUCACACAGUGCCUGCUGCUCAUGCCUCCUGUAGGACACGACUCCAGACCAGUUCUCCGUGCUACGUUAGGACCGUACUCGGUCACACAGCUUGUCUCUGAGGCCAUCGCUCCUCUGUCUGCACCUCUUGUGGCGGUCCUGCUCUCUAAAACGAUGGUGAGAGAACGGGAGUCUAAACAAGAAGCGAGAGCGAAGGUGCGAGUGCUGUUUUACAUAAGGGGCGACACGAGAAGUGGACGAUGUGUGACCCUUCAUGCUUUCAAGCAGACCGAGGAGCACAAAUCAUCUUGCAUCACUCAGCCUCCUCUCGGACUGUGCGUGGUUUCCAUGAUGUUACCCAGCGACUGGUUCAAGCCCGAUGGGUCCGUCCAGCUGGAUCAGGACCAAAGCUUCAGACAUCACCAGGACAGAAUCCGAUCUCGCACCCACGGUCCAUGGUGGAAAAACAUCCCUGAGUCUCUAAGGGCCAAACCUGAAAUCAGUCGUGAUAAGAUUCAGCUCUACUCCUCCUCCUCCUCUUCAUUUGGGAUUGUGACCAAUCCUGAAAACUCGCCGAGUAGAUGUGUGGGUGACAGAUCUGAGCAGUCACAGAGAAAUCUGUAUUAUAUUGGUUCGCUGCCGCUUUCGGAUCAAGCAGCCAGAGACGACAGGACAGAAAAAGAAUUUUCCUGCUCAGGGGAGCUACAAGAGGAUGAGAUAUGGUUGAAUCCCAAUGUGCUGAUGUACUAUAACAGUGGGCCAGUGCGAGCUGGACAACCAGUCGGAGUGACAUUAAAUCUAAGGGCCAAUUUUAGUGCGGAUUUUUUCAUUGUGAGACUUCGAGUGAAGAAACGAUUACUGUCAGUGCAAGCCCAGCCUACCAUGAGCGCUGACCAGUGGACCGUCAAAGUGAGGACAACGUCAGGGUCCAAACACAACACGUUUUCCAUAAUCUGUCACAGAACUGGUACAAUUCUGGAACAAACUGGCACUUCAGUACUGCGGCAGGUGGCUUGCCUCUCAGUUCAGUGCUUACGCAGAAGCUUCGGAGUCGCUAUGACUGUCGCAGUUAACUGGUGGGUGGAGUACACCAUGCAGGACAGACUGGUUUCUCUACAUGGGCCAGUUACGACUCUUUUCUCUUUUACGGACAGAGACGUAGUGGGUAUAGCACCCAUUACAGGGAGUAACACCAUAAUUAACACAGCCAUCUUGACCGGCCAACCAGUUUCCCUCCACGUUCUUGUACUGGGAGUUGGGCAGGAUGGGAAGGUAACAGAUAUUACUAUGGCGGUGAAGUGCCAAUCGGCCAGUGAAGACAUUGUGAAGGUGUCGAGCGAUUGCUCUGCUGUUUUCGUCGAUGGGACCGAGUCGGUGGCAGGCGGUACCUGUGCAGUGGUGGAGUUUUCUUUAGGAAGGCUUAGCAACUCUUUAUGUCUGACGGUUUGGGCUCCAGUUGUUCCUCUCCGAAUAUCUCUGUCCGACCCCGUCCUAAGCCCUAUCAGUGGCUGGAGCUACUACACAAGCAGCAGAUGUUCUCCGGUCUAUCAGCGGUCCAACAUACAGGUUCUAGCACAGUUCAGCGCCCAACCACUAGGUCACAGAGGAGAGCCGACGUUUAUGCUCGGAUCAGCUGAUCUGUUUGUAGAUGUGACAGACCUGGUGCGUGAUUGGUUAAGGGUAGAGAACCCCCGUGUUGCAGCACUUUAUCAGCAAAGUUAUCUGAUGGGAUUGGAGCCUGGAGUUACGUCACUAAACGUGAUAUCGAGUCAGUGGGAUGGCGUGCUUGGCAGUGCCCGUGUAAUUGUGACCUCUGAACCUGUAGCUCCUUCUGACCUUUCAGUUCAGUUAGUGGGCGGUCUCGGUCUGUCAGUCAUCGCAAGUCCUUCCCAUCCGUCGGUCAUCACAGCGGCUGUGACAUCUCAUAACACGCUUUAUAACCACGGCCAGGAAGCCGCUAUCAGUAUCUGGCUACAGUUCAGUGACGACUCUGCCGUACCGCUCUCGGCAUUCGGCAGCGUCCCUUUCUCUCCACGUCUGUCCUCACUGGCUGAAUCUGUGGUUGCCGUAUCAUCCCAGCGUGUCCUAGCACGAGGUGAUGGUGGAGGCCCUCUUGUGAAAGCAGAGCUUCUGGUUUCCACCUGUGAUGCAGGUGGAACUAAACGACUGGCCAAAGGAUCAGGCUGGAUACGAGUGAACCUUGAUUCAGACCUCUGGUCACCAAGCAGUGAAGAUUCGAACUUUGAGAUCACCGAUACGCCUGAUACUCUCGUGGACCAAUAUUAUACAUUUGGAUAUGAACGGGCAACCCUGGGUUUCACUAACGACUACGAUUUCAAUACAGACAAUGAGAUUAAUGGCAGGAAUGACUUGGAAAGAGCAGCAUCGACGUCCACUUAUAAAGAAACCGCAGUGUAUUUCUCUCCUGAGAUGGAAAAGGAAAAUGCAGGUGAAAAAACUGAUCAUCAGGAGCCAGGGUUGGGUGUCGGAGCUGUCUGUGCUCUAGUCUGUCUGUCUGCACUACUGUUUUUGGUAAACUUUGUGCCAUGUGCACUGAGAAAAAGACAACAAGUGAGGAAACAGAAGAUAGAAGACGACGGCUGCACCGGAGAAGAGAAAGAGAAUAAGAACAGAUAUUAUCAACAAGACAGGAGACGGUAAAGAGAACUGAUCACAAUAGAGAGUGAAUAAUUAAGAAAUAUGCAUCUUAUUUCAUCUUAAAGGUUUUACUGUUGCCAUUAUGCAUCUGUCUGUGUUGCUUUAAAAUAGUACAACCUAAAAUGCACCCAAAUUAUUUCUUGA